AUGAACGAAAGUACCUCCAAGCGUGCUCCAAGGGAGGGCGGCGGCACGACACUCCCUCCGCUGGUCGCCGGCAUUGGCGGCGGCCAAGCUCAAGUGCGGGCCAGCGACAGCCGAGCUCGCCAGAUCCCGGACACUACCACCGACUUCUUCUUCCCCGGGUUCCACCGUGCCGCCGCCGCCGGCAACAUCACCCUCAGCGGCGUCGCCGAGAUCGACGGCCGCGGCGUCCUCAAGCUCACCAACGAGACGACCUGUUUCUACCCUAGCCAGGCGGCGGAGGAUUUCAUCCUUCUGCUGGAGACCACGCCGCUCGACCAGAUCUCGCGGCCAUCGCGCCGCCGCCUCCGGAAAUACCCCAUUAUCCCUGAGUUCUGCGCGGCGAAAUCAUCGACCGGCGAUAACAACGCCGCCGCCGCCGUCUUUGUCCCUGGGAGCCGCCACCGCAAGCGGUCCAGAGACGCCAUCGGCGACGACCUCUUGAGCGGCGAUCGCUUCUCGGCGACUCACGAUCCUCGCAAGAUGACCAAGGCGUCGCCGUCUCGGGGGCACGAAUCAGAGAUUGACCCUUUGAUUUCCCAACAUAGAGGCAUGCACAGCAGGAACAAGAAGGCCAUGGAGCUGAUAGCCAAAGGUUGGAGCGCUCUGAAGGAGGUCGAUCGAGUGAUCGACUACUGCGAGCUCAAUGAUCGCCGCCUCAUUCCUCUCCUCAGGGUGAGCCCACUUCUCCGUGAUCGAUGGUCUUUGCGCUUGUGUGAUUUGGCUUCGUUGUUUUCGUGUUUGUGAGAUGAACAUGAUUGUUUAGUGGAGAAUUUUGGAACUUCUACUGGUUACUCAUGGCAUUGCGUUUAUAAUGAUUCUGCUGUAGCUAUGGUUCUAAA